CUUCCAUUAAUCUGAAUUCAAGGGUCGGAAUUUCUUCAUCGUCUUUGAGGUUCAGUGGUAGACGUCUAUGGACGUCCUCAGCAGGCUGAUAUUAAAUACCAGUGUAUGCACAUUUACCAGGGCAGACGCGCUUAUGAAACAUUAAGAUGGCUCAUAAAAAUGACAGCUCACAAGUGAAUGAAUGUCUCAAGCAAGUGCACAAGGACAAGAGCGGCGAAUCGGAUUCAAGCCAGAGGUCGUCGACCAGCUCGUCGCCACAUCAAAGGCACCAUCACAACUCCAGGACGGAAUCGGACAGCUCGGGGCCGCACCAGGAUGCUGGCAGAAGACCGGCAGACAUGUUUCCCUUCAAAGAGCUGAAGAAGGAGCCUGACUGCCACCUGCAACUAGAUACAUUGUUCCCCAGCCCAUGCCACACUGUGCUUAUAGAUACAGACCAGUUUCAGCGUGGCAGACUGGUUCCUUACAAGGGUCAUCAUGUUUGGGACAGUAACCAUGUCAAACUACCUCUGCUUAACUUAAAGACCAGCAUGGAUUCACGCUGGAGUGUCGUACAAAAAUCGCUGAAGAAACUGUCCUCAGGCGGUUCUAAAGUGAGAGACGUACAGAUGGCCAUUAAUUCCUACAAUCAGAAACACAGCAUGGAGUGGCCAUUCGAUGCCCUUUACAGCUAUGUUACGGAUGUACAAAAAAAGGAGAACAAUUUUUCCCUGGUGAUCUCUAAAAUGGCCCAGCUGGCCCUGGAACUUCCAGAUCUCAUCAAACAUCCCAUCCCUUUGCUGAAGCAGAACCACAGCCAUGCCAUAACGCUGUCCCAGGUACAGAUCUCCUGCUUGCUGGCCAACGCCUUCUUCUGCACCUUCCCCCACCGCAACACCAUGAAACAUGGGAGCGAAUACGCCAAUUUUCCCACCAUCAACUUCAGCAGGCUGUUUGGUGAUGCAAGUAGGAGGAAGACUCAGAAGCUGAGGGCAAUUUUCCACUACUUCAACACUGUAACAGGAAAAGACACGAAACCUGAUGGACUAGUCACUUUUGAAAGGAUCUGCAUUGCACUGCCAGACCUCCCACAGUGGAAAAGGCAAACCGAGACCCUGACCAACCUUCACGUCUCUCCGCAAGGCACCAUUGAAGAGGAGGGCGCAGGCAUGCUACAGGUUGACUUCGCCUGCAAAUUUGUGGGUGGAGGGGUGCUGGGAGCAGGGUUGGUCCAGGAGGAGAUUCGCUUCCUCAUGAACCCGGAGCUGAUUGUAGCUAGGCUCUUCACAGAGAAACUGGCUGACAACGAGUGCCUGAAGAUCACGGGGAUCCAGAGGUACAGCGUCUCCUACGGCUACAGCGACACCUUUGAAUGGCAAGGCCCGUACGUAGAUAACACCAAGAGAGACGAGUGGAAACGGCGUUACUGUCAGAUUGUGGCAAUCGAUGCUUUGAGCUUCAAGGACCCGAGGGAGCAGUACACCAAGGAGAACAUCAGACGAGAGCUCAACAAGGCCUAUGUUGGCUUCCGGAGAAAUCCCAACACUCCUGCUGACUACACCCCUGCCAUUGCAACGGGAAACUGGGGAUGUGGGGCUUUUAACGGAGACCCGAAGCUCAAAGCCCUUAUCCAGAUGAUGGCCGCAGCCGUGGCUCAGCGGGACUUGGCCUACUUCACCUUUGGAAACAAGGAGCAAGCGUUGGAGGUGCAGAAGAUGUACAAGUACCUGAAGAACAACAGCAUAACUGUGGGUAAAUUAUACCAGAUACUGAACGACUAUUGUAAGCACUUCAGUCAGCAUCCACGGCAGCCAAGGGGCUUGUACGAGUACGUUACAGAGGCAGCAGGUGUUCACACUAGCCAACUGUAAAACAGAUGAAGACACGCUGGAGUCCAGAGCACAGCGACAGAGAUGCACUGUAAUCAAAAUCACAGAAAUCAGAAAGAGAACAGGCUGCAACCUAAAAUUAUAGUCUUUGAACUAAAAUAUAAAAAAAAUACAAAAACUCAUUACAAAAACAGCAUGCUUAUUCCUUUAAUAAAGCAUCAUCAUGAUUACAUUUUUAUAACUGGAAAUUAAAGUCUUUCAUUGUGAAAGUUGUGAACAGUUGUGAGCCAGUAAGGGCAAACAACUUGAAUGAAGAGAAUGCCUUUACUGAAUGAAGGAUUAUGAUAGUUUAGUAAGCAAAUAUCCCUUCUGUUUGUCCUGCAGAGAUCAGCUGGGUGUGCAGCCUUAUCUUGUAUUGACAAAUUACAAAAGAAUAAAAUAUUUCAUCUUA